AUGUCGGGGUCGGGUGGAACAGUAUCGGGACCAGAGAGUUGGUCGGGCAGCGGAGUCGGCGGAAUAUGCAGAGGCGGCGUCUCGGGAACUCAACCGUCAGGAGGCCAACCGUCGGGAGAUCAACUGUCGGGAGGUCAACCGUCGGGAGGAGGGCAACCGUCGGGGAGUCACCGGCGGUUCCCAACGGUGUAUUCCGGCGGUCGGGUGGCGGGUUCAGGGACUCCUCAACCCUGCGAGGACAGUGACGGUGGCCGAUUGACGAUCCGACGUCGGAGACGGGAGAACGGCGGCGUCGAAGGUGUCGCAAAUCAGGGCUACGGCGACGGCGACCUAGGGCAAGCGGCGGACAGUGGUGUAGAGGUGGCGACUCGCGGCGGUAGCCCGGCCCUGGGGGUUUUCCGGCCAGGGGAACACGAUCCCGUCGUCAGAAUGGUGGUCCGACGGCGGGGGGAUGCCGAAACGCGGUGGCGACGGUGCGGGAGGCCAACCGUCAGGGGCGGAGCCGGCGGCGUAUUCCGGCGAUCGAGGGGUGGAUUCGGGGACACCUCAGCCCUGCGAGUUCAGUGA